UCGUUGAAACGAAAACCCUCAAGCGGUAGAACUCUCUAACCUGUCGAGAGUCUCCUCAUGCCUUAGUCUGUGCGGCGUCUGGAACGAGAGAAACCACCAGAGCACAAGAGAGAUACGAAGGAGAUAUAGGCUUCCCUCUACAAUUUCUUCAAUCUCUAGAAGAAGACGUUGUUCCAUCCGGACAUGGAUACCGAAACUGUUUCAAACCCGGUGAUAGGAAAUGAGUGUGUAGAGGACAGCGAUGAUGAUAAGCCUAUCGUAUACAAGAGGACAAGUGGUGUUGUUUCUAAUUCGAAUCAGUCAAAAUCCACUCCUCAGAGAAGCAAUGCAAUGUCUCCUUUGAAGUCUCCUGUGACGAGCCCUAAUGGAACCACUCCUUCCAAUAAAACUUCUGCAUUGACAUCUUCUAAAGCUUCAACAGCAAAGUCACCGUUGCUGAAUGAAGAGGACAGCGAUGAUGACAAGCCUAUCGUGUUCAAGAGGACUAGUGCUGCUUCUAAUUCAAAAUCCAAUACUCAGAAGAGCAGUGCAGUGUCUUCCACCAAGGUGUUGCCUUUGAAGUCUCCUGUGACUAGCCCCAAUGGAACCACUCCUUUGAAUAAAACUUCUUCUUCUAAAGCUUCACCAGCAAAGCCACCCUUGCGGAAUGUAACUACGCCCUCUGCUGUUAAGGAUAGGAGCCAGUCACAGAAAGAUCAGUCUGAAUGUAAAAGCGAGUGUGAGGAUUCUGAGGAUGAGAGACCUUUAAGUUCUAUACUAUCUGGGAACUCCAGCCGCUCAAAUAAAGGUCCAGCCUCUUCGAAGCAGGUUUCUUCACCGCAGGCAGAGAAAAAGAAUACUGGCGGUCGACCUCUUGGUGGAGCAGAUAGAGUCAUAAAAGACGAGUCAGAUGAUGAAAAACCAAUCUCGUCAGUGUUCCAAAAGAAGACUGGCAGUAGUGGGAUGUCAGGUAGCAAAAAGGAUGUAAAGAAACCUUUGACGAAAAAGCUGCAUCAGAAUGGUUCUGCAGUUAAGAGCGAAGUGCCGGAUUGUAAAGUCUCAGGUAAGAGACCUCUGGAGAAGAAUCAUCCUGUAAAUGAAUCUUCCUUGAAGAAGCCCAAGGUCUCAGCUUCAAGUACUUCAGGGAAAAUGAAACAAGAAUCUGUUAAAACAGAGAGUUCAGCUGAUAAGGGAAGGGUUUUGGUUUCACCUACAGCAAAGAGAGCGAAACCAGUAUCUACCAAGGAAGAUGGCUCUGAUGAUGAUGACGAUGUUCCAAUAUCCAAGAGACUAAAAGCAGAGUCCUCCAACAGUAAAGUGUCUUCAGCAAAGCCUAAAGCAGUAAAAGGAAGUUCUAGUUCAUCAGCUGCAAAGACGAAAGUUACAAAAGUAGUUUCUCCUCCGUCCAGGUCCAGGACAGUGAACAAAAACUCAAAGAAAGUAACGAAGGAUUCGAAAUAUUCCUCGUCUUCCAAAUCUUCACCUUCCUCUAGUGACGGGCAAACGAAGUGGACGACCUUGGAGCACAACGGUGUAAUCUUUCCGCCUCCAUAUAAGCCGCACGGCAUCAAGAUUUUGUACAAGGGGAAGCCAGUCGACCUAACAAUCGAACAAGAAGAGGUUGCAACAAUGUUUGCAGUGAUGAAAGAGACGGACUAUUACACUAAACCGCAAUUUAGGGAGAAUUUUUGGAAUGACUGGCGAAAACUGCUUGGGAAGAAGCAUGUGAUACAGAAGUUAGAUGAUUGUGACUUCACUCCCAUAUAUGAGUGGCAUUUGAGAGAGAAAGAGAAGAAGAAACAAAUGAGCACAGAGGAGAAAAAAGCUUUGAAAGAAGAAAAACUGAAGCUAGAGGAGAAGUAUAUGUGGGCUGUUGUUGAUGGUGUCAAAGAGAAGGUUGGUAAUUUCAGAGUUGAACCGCCUGGGCUCUUCAGAGGCCGUGGAGAGCAUCCCAAGAUGGGAAAAUUAAAGAAGCGUAUCCAUCCAUCUGAUAUCACCAUGAAUAUUGGAAAAGGUUUUCCUGUUCCAGAAUGUCCAAUCCCUGGUGAAAAAUGGAAAGACGUAAAGCAUGACAACACAGUCACGUGGCUAGCUUUCUGGAAUGAUCCCAUUAACCCAAAAGAAUUCAAGUAUGUGUUUUUGGCAGCUAGCAGUGCCUUGAAAGGGAUGAGCGACAAGGAGAAGUAUGAGAAAGCCAGAAAUCUGACGAACCACAUAGACAGUAUAAGAGCAACUUACACCAAGAAUUUCACAUCCAAGGAUGUUGCAAAGAAGCAAAUUGCCGUUGCUACUUAUCUCAUUGAUAAACUGGCACUCAGGGCUGGAAAUGAGAAAGAUGAUGAUGAGGCAGACACAGUUGGUUGUUGUACAUUAAAGGUUGGAAAUGUGGAAUGUAUUCCUCCAAAUCAGAUAAAGUUUGACUUUCUUGGUAAAGAUUCAAUCCGGUAUGAGAACACAGUCGUGGUUGAGCCUCUUGUUUACAAGGCCAUUGGACAAUUCCAGGCUGGAAAAUCCAAAGAGGAUGAUCUAUUUGAUGAGUUAGACACAAGCAAAUUGAAUGCUCAUCUUAAAGAGCUUGUACCUGGUCUCACAGCUAAAGUGUUUCGUACAUAUAAUGCUUCAUUCACAUUGGAUGAACAGUUGAAUGAAAAGAUGGGAGCUGGAGAUGUUACUCAGAAAGUAGUAGUUUAUCAGCAAGCAAACAAGAAGGUUGCCAUAAUCUGUAAUCAUCAGCGUGCUGUUUCAAAGUCGCACAGUGCACAAAUCGAAAAACUGGAUGCGAAAUUAAAAGAGCUCCAGAAUGGUCUUGGAGAGCUCAGAACCAAUCUCAAGCGAGCUAAAGAGGGGAAACCACCAGUGGAAGGUUCUGAUGGAAAGAAGCCAAGAAACUUAGAUCCAAACGCGUGGGAGAAGAAGAUAGCUCAACAGGAAGUAAAGAUAGAGAAGAUGAAACGAGACAUGCAAACAAAAGAGGACUUGAAAACCGUGGCGCUUGGCACGUCUAAGAUAAAUUACCUGGAUCCUAGGAUAACAGUCGCAUGGUGCAAACGUAAUGAAGUACCAAUCGAAAAGAUAUUCACCAAGUCUCUACUGGAGAAGUUUUCAUGGGCAAUGGAUGCAGAACCAAGCUUCAGAUUCUAGUUAUUGCUGGACGUAAAGAGAAGCUUUCUGAGUUGGGGCAAGUAUGGUUGUGAAAGGCAUUGGAGAGCAAAGGAAGUGAGCAAGAGAAAACCGGCCUUUGUUCAAGAUAUUUAUACCCUUAAAAAAACUCAAGCUGUUGUUAAUUUUAAUUAAAGUAACUUUGGUUUUUACCAUUUUUCUUCACCAUGAUUUGAAGAAUGUUUAUGUAUCAGCAAUAUUGAUACUUAAGGCACAAAUUCUUAGAAAUAGUAGUUAUGAUUAUUUUAUUUUAUU